CUAUAAAUAAUCGAGGCCGCUCUAGUAUUCUGCUGCAAUUAAUUCAUCAUCAUGGCAUCAACAAUGGAGAGAAAUCGUCUUCUAUCUGUCCUCGUUCUUCUUCUGUUGCCUCUAUUCGCUGCAUGCGCUGAGCGUCAGGCUUACAUAGUAUACUUUGGAGAGCACAGUGGAGAGAAGACGCAUCAGGAAAUUGAAGACACCCACCAUUCUUAUCUGUCGACUGUUAAAGAGUCCGAGGAAGAUGCCAAGGCCUCGCUUCUUUACAGCUACAAGCACAGCAUCAAUGGCUUCGCCGCUGUUCUCACCAAAGAUGAAGCCUCCAGGCUCUCUGAAUUGAAGGAAGUGGUGUCUGUGAUUCCAAGCUACCCAAGAAAGUACUCGUUGCAUACUACAAGAACAUGGCAAUUUGCGGGUGUUGAAACCACAAAUCUACUCAACCCAGUUCGUGAAAAAGAAAUGCUGUUGAAAGCAGAAUUUGGGAAGGAUGUCAUAGUUGGACUCUUGGACACUGGCGUGUGGCCAGAGUCAAAGAGCUUCAGUGACGAAGGAAUGGGCCCUGUUCCAAAAUCAUGGAAGGGAGAGUGUGUUUCUGCAGAUUCUUUUAACUCAACAAAUUGUAACAAAAAGCUAAUUGGAGGUCGAUACUACCUUAAAGGUUACGAAAGUUACUAUGGCCAUCUUAAUGCUUCAACUGAUUACCGAUCUCCCCGAGACAGAAAUGGCCAUGGGACUCACACAUCGUCGACUGUUGCCGGCCGGAGGGUCAAGAACGUGUCGGUGCUCGGUGGCUUUGCUCGCGGCACCGCCACCGGCGGCGCCCCAUUGGCUCGUGUUGCCAUGUACAAGGUUUGCUGGGCAAUGCCCAAGGGCGGCGAUACAUGCUUCGAUGAGGACAUGCUCGCCGCCUUCGACGACGCCAUUCACGACGGCGUUGAUGUUCUAAGCGUAUCAAUUGGCGGCCAUGACCCUACGCCUUACAAUAAUGAUAGUAUCUCCAUUGGAGCCCUUCAUGCCCUGAAGAACAACAUUGUGGUGUCUUGUUCCGCCGGGAACGACGGCCCGGCCGCCGCGACCUUGACCAAUCCGGCGCCGUGGAUCAUCACUGUCGCUGCUAGCAGCGUGGAUCGAUCAUUUGUGGGUCCUCUUUUUCUUGGAAAUGGCAGGAAAAUUAUGGGACAAACGGUGACUACACACAAGCUUGAAGAAAAGAAAAUGUACCCACUAGUUUAUGCAGCCCAAGUCGUGGGCCCUGGUGUGAACAAAGAUGAUUAUAUUGCAGGGCAAUGCCUACCUGGAUCGCUGUCGCCGGAGAAGACGAAAGGGAAGAUAGUGUUCUGCUUGAGAGGAAACGGAACUAGAAUUGGAAAGGGUGAGGAGGUGAAAAGAGCCGGCGGCGCCGGUUAUGUCUUAGGAAACAGUCCUGCUAACGGCGCUGAAUUGGUGGCCGAUGCUCAUGUUCUUCCGGCCACCGGCGUGAAUGCCGCCGAUGCAGUCAAAAUUCUCAAGUAUAUCAAUACUACCACGAAUCCAACGGCGUACAUCGGCGAGGCAACAACAGUUUUGGAGACUAAACCAAAUCCAUUCAUGGCUGCUUUCUCCAGUAGAGGUCCAAAUGUACUCACCCCUGAUAUUCUAAAGCCCGAUGUCACAGCUCCGGGCUUGAACAUAUUAGCAGCAUGGACUGAAGCAACAUCUCGUCCUGGAAAGGACGACGGCGAUUCUCCUAUCAUUCAGUAUAACGUUAUUUCUGGAACUUCCAUGUCUUGCCCUCAUGUCGCCGCCACGGCUGCUCUUCUCAAAGCCAUCCACCCCACUUGGAGUAGCGCCGCCAUAAGAUCUGCCAUUAUAACAACCGCGGGGACAGAGAACAACAUCGGGAUGACGAUAACCGAAUCAAAUGGCAAGACGGCCGAUCCUUUCCAGUUCGGUGCCGGCCACUUCCGGCCACGAAAGGCGGCAGAUCCCGGCCUGGUUUACGACGCCUCGUACGAGGACUAUCUUCUCUUCCUCUGCAGCAGCGGGAUUACAGAUUUCGAUCGUUCGUUCAAGUGUCCCGAAGUCUCUCCUCCGGUAUACGACUUGAACUAUCCAUCUCUGUCUAUCUCGAAGCUCAAUGGAACAGUGACAGUCAAGAGAACGGUGACUAACGUCGGCGGUACCGGGAAGAGUGUGUACUUCUCCUGCGUGAAGCCGCCGGUUGGAGUGGCGGUGGAGGUGUCCCCGUCGGUGUUGUACUUCGGUCAUAUCGGCCAGAAGAGAAGCUUCACCAUUACCGUUAAACCAGAAAGCUACGCAGCUAGAACAAUUAGGAAGAACGAGACUGGUUUUGGAUGGUUCGCUUGGAACGAUGGAAUCCACACCGUUAGAAGUCCCAUGGCAGUGUCAUUGGCUUAGUUUUUCUUCUUCUUCUUUUUUUUUUUUUUUUUCAAAUUAUAUAUAUAUAUAUUUCCAAAUGUAGGGAGACUUUAGAUUUGUAGCUCAUACCCAGUCAAUUAUUUGUUUUAUAGUAUGGCAUUGAAUAAUUAGAAGGAUAUUUAGGUUCAAGAUCUACCUAUCAAAUUGCUUUUGUGUUUAAUUAUAUUUAUUUCUGAUUUCAUCUUAUAAUUGUUUUGCAGUCAUGAACUUGUUAGAUAAACUGCCUUGUACAUUUGAUUAAUGCCCGUUCUUGAAAGAAUGACAAUGUUAUUCUAAAAUAUG